AUGUCAUUUCUCUUCAAAUAUUCUGCGGUCCUGCAGAUCAUCAAGGCGCGUGAGCACUGUCACAGAUUGAAGAGAGAGAAGAAGAAGGUGUUCAAGCAUGAGAAGACAGAUUAUAAGACAUGUUAUAAUGCCUUGAAGAGACUCUGUAAGAAAGACAUUGAGAAGACAGCCCUGCUCUCUGAGUAUGUCAAUCUGCUUAUCACUGGGGUGAAACCUGAGACAGCAGACCAGGAAAUGUGGAAUUUUGAGGUGCAGAUUGACCUGACUGAAGAGAAGCAGCAGAAACCCUUCUCUGAGAAGGCAGCAGAGAGAGAUUUUGAGAUGAUUAUUAUCUUAGAUAAGAAGAAGAAGAAAAGAAGAAGAAUGAAAAGUGAAUUGUGA